AUGUCGGUGAGCAGCAUUCUGAUCUUGCUUCUGGCUGCAUUCGCCAGAUGUGCCGGGGGAUUCGAGGUUCUCUAUGCUGGCGCCCCGAGAUCGGGGACACAGACAAUGUACACUGCACUGAAGAUUCUGGGAUUGAAUCCGCUGCAUUCGGGCUACAAGUACCAGCUUCGCCCACCCAUGUGCGAAUACCUCUACGGAAACGGCACAAGAGAGAAAGCCAUGAGCGUCUUCCACGAGUACGACGCGGCCAUGGAUGAGCCCGUCCAACUUAUGUUUGAGGAAAUUCUCGAGGAGUUUCCGAAGUCAAAGGUCGUUCUGCCCGUAAUGAAUGUGGAAGACUGGUACGUCUCAGAACGGAACUAUUUCAAAGAUUGGGCCUACCCCACGGAGCACAAGGAGGUCGAAAUGGCAGAGGCCUUGUUCAAGAUUCCGCAAAACAUGAGCUACGAUUAUUGGGAUGCAGGUUGGGAAGCAAUGUACAAGAGUGACUGGACUUUGGAUCACUGCUGGGCCUGCCGAUAUUGGGACUGCGCCUUCUACAAAGAGCAGGGUAUGCCGGCCGAGCAAAACAAGACGUGCAAGGAUGGUUACCAGGCGCACAUGGACCGCGUGAAGACACUGGUGCCUCCGGAGAAACUGCUGAUCUUCAACUUCUCAGACGGAUGGGCACCACUUUGCCAUUUUCUGGGACGACCCAUCCCGGAGGAGCCCUUCCCCUACACGGACAAGUUCAACAAGGAUACACCGGAAGUUGAAGCAUUGUCGGCCAGCUUCUUACAAGAUGGCAUCGAGCUUCUUCCCACUCGGCUCAGUAGUGAGCUGUAG